GUGAAUAUGUUAGAUGGCAAGGGGUAAUUAAGGUUGCUAAUCAGCUGACCUGAAAGUAGGGUGAUUAUCCUGGAUUGGGUGGGCCCAAGGUAAUCACAGGUGUCCUUAGGUGUGGGAGAGGGAGGCAGAAGAGUCAGUGUCGGAGUGACGUGAUGUGAAAAAGACUUGGAGUCUGUUGCUGACUUUAAAGACAGAAGAGGGUCACCACCUAGGAAUGUGGGCAGCCUCUAGAAGCUGGAAAAGGCGGGGAAAUGGACUCUCCCCUAGAGUCAUCAGAAAAUAAAUGCAGCCCUGCUGACACCUUGAUUUUAGCCAAGCGAAACCCAUUGUGGACUUUUGACCUCCAGAGCUCGAAGGUAAUCUCUUUGCGUUGGUUUAAGCCACUGUUUGUGGUAAUUUAUUACAGUAACAGUAGGAACUUUAUACAGAGGCCACGCUCAAUCUGGAAGCCAUGGGAAAUAAAUGUAAAUGAAAUUACAAGAUUUUCAGAUUUUCCCUUGUCCAAAAAAACACUGAAAGGUUUGCAAGAAGCUCAGUACCGUUUGGUAACUGAGAUACAGAAGCAGACCAUUGGAUUGGCUUUGCAAGGUAAAGAUGUACUUGGAGCAGCCAAAACUGGAUCUGGCAAGACUUUGGCUUUCCUUGUUCCAGUGCUGGAAGCCUUAUAUCGUCUGCAGUGGACCUCAACCGAUGGGCUGGGAGUUCUCAUAAUAUCACCUACGAGAGAACUGGCCUAUCAGACCUUUGAGGUUCUCCGAAAAGUAGGAAAGAAUCAUGACUUCUCAGCUGGUCUCAUCAUUGGUGGAAAGGAUCUGAAACAGGAAGCUGAGAGGAUCAACAACAUAAAUAUACUCGUGUGCACACCAGGUCGACUUCUUCAACACAUGGAUGAAACAGUAUCUUUUCAUGCUACUGAUCUCCAAAUGUUAGUUCUUGACGAAGCAGAUAGAAUCUUGGACAUGGGCUUUGCUGAUACCAUGAAUGCCAUUAUUGAAAAUCUCCCCAAGAAACGUCAGACUUUACUUUUCUCAGCAACACAAACUAAAUCUGUAAAGGACCUUGCACGCUUGAGUUUGAAAGACCCUGAGUAUGUCUGGGUUCAUGAAAAAGCAAAAUAUAGCACCCCUGCCACUUUGGAACAGAACUACAUAGUCUGUGAGCUGCAGCAAAAAAUAAGUGUGCUGUAUUCCUUUUUGAGAAGCCAUCUGAAGAAGAAGAGCAUUGUAUUUUUUUCCAGUUGCAAAGAGGUCCAAUAUCUGUACCGAGUGUUUUGCCGGCUACGUCCUGGUAUUUCUAUCCUUGCCCUCCAUGGUCGACAGCAGCAAAUGAGAAGAAUGGAAGUCUAUAAUGAGUUUGUCCGUAAGAGAGCUGCGGUACUCUUUGCUACUGAUAUUGCAGCCAGGGGGUUGGAUUUCCCAGCCGUGAAUUGGGUUCUUCAGUUUGAUUGUCCUGAGGAUGCCAACACAUAUAUUCACAGAGCAGGUAGAACUGCCAGGUACAAAGAGGAUGGUGAAGCUUUAUUAAUUUUGCUUCCCUCAGAAAAAGCUAUGGUGCAGCAGCUUCUUCAGAAGAAAGUACCUGUGAAGGAAAUCAAAAUCAAUCCAGAAAAACUUAUAGAUGUCCAGAAAAAAUUGGAAUCUUUUCUAGCUCAAGAUCAAGAUUUAAAAGAAAGAGCUCAACGGUGUUUUGUCUCCUACAUACGAUCGGUAUAUCUAAUGAAGGAUAAAGAAGUAUUUGAUGUGAGCAAGUUACCUAUACCUGAAUAUGCCCUGUCUCUUGGUCUUGCUGUGGCACCACGCAUAAGAUUUCUUCAGAAAAUGCAGAAACAACCCACCAAAGAAUUGGUAAUGAGCCAAGCUGAUAAAGUAAUUGAGCCAAGGGCUCCCUCCCUCACCAAUGACGAAGUGGAAGAAUUUAGAGCCUACUUCAAUGAGAAAAUGUCCAUCCUUCAGAAAGGUGGAAAAAGACUCGAAGGGACAGAGCACAGACUGGAUAAUGAUACUGAUGAUGAAGAACAGGACGAAGAGGAAGACGAUGAAGAAGAAAUGGAAGAGAAGCUGGCAAAAGCAAAAGGAUCUCAAGCUCCAUCUCUUCCUAACACCAGUGAAGCACAGAAGAUCAAGGAAGUUCCUACGCAGUUCCUGGACAGAGAUGAGGAGGAAGAAGAUGCUGAUUUCUUGAAGGUGAAACGGCACAAUGUGUUUGGAUUGGACCUUAAAGAGGAGAAAACAUUACAGAAGAAAGAACCUUCUAAAUCCAGCAUCAAGAAAAAAGUGACCAAAGUUGCAGAAGCAAAAAAAGUAAUGAAGAGAAAUUUCAAAGUGAAUAAGAAGAUAACAUUUACUGAUGAAGGGGAGUUGGUUCAGCAGUGGCCACAGAUGCAGAAAUCUGCCAUCAAGGAUGCUGAGGAAGAUGAUGACACCGGUGGUAUCAACUUAGAUAAAGCAAAGGAAAGACUUGAGGAAGAGGACAAAUUUGACAAAGAAGAAUAUAGAAAGAAGAUUAAGGCAAAGCAUCGGGAGAAAAGACUGAAAGAAAGGGAAGCCAGAAGAGAAGCCAACAAGAGGCAAGCAAAGGCCAAAGAUGAAGAGGAAGCCUUUCUGGAUUGGAGUGAUGAUGAUGAUGAUGGAUUUGAUCCAAGCACGCUCCCAGAUCCAGAUAAGUACAGAAGCUCUGAAGAUUCAGAUAGUGAAGAUAUGGAAAAUAAAAUUAGUGAUACCAAGAAGCAGCAGGGAAUGAAGAAGAGGAACAACAGUGACGUGGAAGACGUGGGACCAUCAAGUCGUAACCGAAAGAAGGCCAAGUGGGACACGUUAGAGCCUUUGGAUACUGGCCUGUCUUUAGCGGAGGAUGAAGAGCUGGUGUUACAUCUGCUAAGAAGUCAAAGCUAAAUACUUCCUGCGCCUGCCUUCUCCUUGAAACCUUGGUUAUGAUUGUAUAGGCAAGAAGUUGAAACACAGUUGAUUUGGGGGCACUUAGGUAUCAUAUGCUCCAUUCCCAAAGGGCACAUUUCUGGAUAGAAGCGAUCGUAUCUCCAAGUGCCUCUCACAGGAUAAGCUUUGUGCUAUCACUGAGCAUACUCAGAUCGAGGGUGGAUGAUACCAUUUCCUGUCCCCGGUUUCCAGCAUGUGUUCCGUUAGAUUUUUAUCCAUGGGUUCCUAUGCCUUGUCAUUGGAAAUGCUGCCUUUGUUUUACUGGCAAGUUCUGGAGCUCUUGUGUCAUUGUUGGAAAUUCCUGUCUUGCUUACUGUACAGAAGUUUCUAUGUUACUGUUAAAAUUGCUCAUGAUUUCGGUGUAUUUAAUAUUUGCAAAGAGACUGAGCAUGAUGGACCAGCCCUGAGAAAGAAUAUUUUUGAAUUGAGAUAAUCAAUAAUAAACAUGUUUCCUAUAAAAGAAA